UGGGCAGAUGAUGAUACGUUAUACGCCCUCGACACCGGUGUUUUGGAUCUGACAACGAAGCCAAAAACGUGUGUCCACCCAAAAUUGUCAUUUUCGACCUACGGACUGAUGAGGUCAUCAAUUCCGUAGUAAUUCAGAACCCAGCCUGUAACUCAUUGUACACCUAUUUGUGGGUGGACGCAUGUCCAGAAGACAGCUUGACGGCCUACAGCUCCGACACGAGAGGCAACUUACUGUCGGUGACGGACCUCACUACUGGAGCCUCCAAACAGCUGCGGAGCCAGUACUUCCACCCCAAGCCGGGCUUCUUCUUCCCGAAGGCGGGAGGUCCAGCGUACUACAUGCCGGACGGCAUCAAUGGAGCAACAGCUGACGAGAGCUGCGAUGGGAAACUCUAUUUCCAGGCGUUCGCCAGCAACAUCCAGGGCGUUGUCGACAAGCAGGUCAUCCGAGAUGCAGGCGACGGGGAUGUUUUGGACAUCAAGACGCAGGUUGAUCUGCCAGGAGAAUUACCUGGGCAGAGUGGAGUAAUGGCAGUGGAUCCGAAGGGACAGCUGCUACUCUUCCCCAUGCUGGAUGAACUGGCCAUCUACUGUUGGAACACAAGCAAGCCUCACGAUCGCAAGAACUUCCGCUUGGUCGUUCAAGAUGAUGAACAUCUACUGUUCGUCAGCAGCAUCAAGAUAGACACCAAAGCACAAAGAUUAUAUAUAAUGAGCGGUCGAGUAACGUCCUAUCUAUCAAACACCACAAGCUGUUCUGAAGACAACUAUCAGAUUUUGUACAUUGACAUAGAGGAUAUAGAAUGUUAGUUUUACGUACCACAGAUAUUGUUUUGUGAAUUCGAGGAACUUGGUGCCUCGGCAAGAUUCAACAUAUGCCAAUACUAAUAUAUGAAAUACUGAAAAGAAUUAAAUAUAGAAUAUGCAAA